AUGUAUGAGUGCCAGGUCGACCAUGAAGGAGGCCAGGCUAAGAAGCUAAGAGAGAAGAACCUCACCCUGCAGAAAGUGCCUCUGCCCCUGGCUGACGUUGUACAGAGCUACCGCAGCAACCCGGACCGGACUAAAGAAGCUCUCCACAAGAUUCAGCAGUGUUUAGACAGAAACAAUCAGAGACAGCCUAGCAGCGUGGAACAUCAGCAGGUGCUGAAACGUCCACAAUCUGAAAAGCUGGUCGAGGGUUUGUGCAGGCAGCUGGAAGACAGCCUGCAGCGUUUAGGUGACUGUAAUCACCAGGCUGACAUUGUGAUGGCACAUGAGGUGCUGCAAAACACCCGGGACUCCUUAAAGCUGCUUCCCUCUCUGUGUGAGGAAAGCAGGAAGUGUUCGUCUGAUGGAGACUGGGUCAACAACAUUCUCUCUGACGCCGCUGCAGCUCUCACUCAGGAGGUCACAAAGAGCUUACAGGAGUUGGGUCAAAGCCUGAUGAGGAACACUGAGACCACAUGUCCACAGGUUGUCCAACGCUCAAGCCUCUGCAAGUGUCUGCCUGAGUGUGUGUCCAAAAAAAUCAGGCAGGCGGAAAUCUUUCUGAGAAGCACUCUGGUGGAAACUACAGGACAAGUCAUCAGCACCAGACUACGUGAAAUGAGACAAACUCUGACUGUGGCUCUGUCUGAAAGCAUCGCAGAACAGCUGCUGCAGGAUCUGACAACAGCACAGGAAAGAAUGGAUUUCCUCAUAAAAGAGGAUUCCUCCACCUGUCAAAGGCUCAACAUCCCGGAGCUGCGAGUGGCAGAGGAAAAUUUCCCAACUGAUGAUUACAGUCCAGCGAUCUGGAGAAAUGGUUUGCUUUCCAACAGCUUGAGGCCUGCUGCUUCCAUUAAAAGUAAGAAACAACAAAUCAUUUCAUCAGGCUUCUUUUUCACUAGUUUUUAA